AAGUUUUCCUACACAUCCUUGAACGAGAUGGCACUUGCUCAGGAACUCGCUUCUUUUAGAACAUUAACAGCCGUGAAGGUGUCUGAGCCCCCCAGAGUGGGGGAGAGGGCGCCGGUGCAUCCUCUGCUGGAAGCCCCGACAGGAUCCAGAACUGUAAUAAUUUUCCUGCGCCACUGUGGUUGCCCAUACGCCGAAAGGGACUACCGCCAGCUCUGCAAUCUUCCCGCCGUCCGCCGGGGCGAUGUUACCGGGAUUAUAGUCUCACAUUCUUCCCCCGAGGAUACCGAGAAAUGGAUUGAAGAGAUAACAAACGACAAGAAACACCCACUGUACCCGCCUUCUUCGGAUAAGCCCGAUGUAGCACCGGGGGAACCUCGAGUUAAGGUCGUUGUGGAUCCAACGCGGGAGCUCUAUGGUGCUUGGGGACUGGGCGUCUCGUCCGCCUGGCAUGUGUUCAAUCCUCGGACUCUUGCUUCGGUGUUUGCGCUGGGCCGCAAGGAUGGUAUAUGGAAUCGCAACACCAGGAGUGGGAGCCGGUGGCAGACGGCGGGUGCUUUUGCUGUCGAUACGGAUGGAGUAGUGCAGUGGGGACACAUUUCUGGCUCUGCAAGCGACAUCGCAGACUUGAAUGAAGCUGUAAGAUCGACUGAGUAGAAGAGAGAAUAAUCUGAUACUGGGCGAAGUUGGUC